AUGGGCUUCAUAGCAGGCCUGAUGCUGCUCUACAUGGCGGAGGAGGACGCCUUCCGGCUGCUCGUGUGUGUCGCCCAUUCACUACGUGCAUAUACCUCCUCCUCCCCGUUGCAUGUUCUCUCACCCCCACCUCCCUCCCCUUCUACCCCCCACCAGGGCAUGGGCUGCAUGGCGGGGCUCAUGCUGCUCUACAUGGCGGAGGAGGACGCCGUCUGGCUGCUGCUGUGUGACACUCACUCACGUCCUUCCUUCUCCCCUACUCUCUCUUCAUCCCUUUUUCAACCUCAAACAGGGCAUGGGCUGCAUGGCGGGGCUCAUGCUGCUCUACAUGGCGGAGGAGGACGCCGUCUGGCUGCUGCUGGCAUGGGCUUCAUAGCAGGAUUAAUGCUGCUCUACAUGGCAGAGGAGGACGCCUUCUGGCUGCUCGUCGCACUCAUGAAGGGCGCCAACCACACCUCGCUCGAAGGAAUCUUCCUCUACAUCUUCCUGUGUGACCGCGGCCACUACGAGUUGACUUUUGAGUCGACUCAAAAGUCAACCCCCCUGUCUUCAUCCAGCUAUCCCACCCCUUUCCCCACUUCUCUUUUCAUUCCCUCAUCCCUCUUUUCCCACUCUCUUCCUCUCUUCCCAGGUGGGUCUGCCGCUAGUGCAGCAGUACCCAUUCCAGUUCGACCGCCUGCUACACAAGUGCCUGCCGUGGUCCUCACUCUGCUACAGCACAUUCACAGCAUCAUCCCCUUUUUUCCUCCUCUCUUCUCCCUCCCCCUGGUGGGCCUGCCGCUAGUGCACCAAUAUCUCUUCCAGUUCGACCGCCUGCGACACAAGUCCCUGCCCCUCUCUGCACUCUGCUGUGUCACUCAAUUAUUCCCUUUUCCUCUCGUCCCCUUAUCCCCCUGUCCCCUUCUCUCCCGCCCCACCAGUCUGCCGCAGUGUCGCUGCCUCUCUUCUCUUACCCUCCUCUUCUCAUUCUCUUAUUCCUCUCUUCUCCCUCUCUUCUCCCUCCCCCAGGUGGGUCUGCCCCUAGUGCAGCAGUACCUGUUCCAGUUCGACCGCCUCUUGCACGAGUGCCUGCCACAGCUGGCGCGGCACAUGGAGGGCGAGGGCGUGACCCCCUCCAUGUACGCGUCGCAGUGGUUCAUCACAGUGUUCGCAUACAGUUUCCCCUUCGCCACCACGCUCAGAAUAUGGGACGUUUUCCUGUUUGAGGGCAUGAAGACUGUGUUUCGAGUGGGUCUGGCUCUGCUGAAGCAGCAGCAGGACGACCUGCUGCAGAUGCCGUUUGAGGACCUCGUGCCGGCACUGCGGACAUACCCCGAUCGCAUUCUGGAGCCAGACACACUGCUCAACGUCGCCUUCUCCUUCAAUGUGUCAGAGCGACUGAGGGAGCUGGAGGCAGAGUACAAUGCGAUGCAGCACCCACCGCCCAUAGCAGGGCCCAAGGCGCAUGGGGAGGGGGAGGAGGGGGAGAGGCACGAGGGGGCGGGAGGGGAGGGGCACCAGCGGAAAGGUGAGAGGGAAAUGAGAGGGGUGGAGGGGGGAGGCGGCUCCCUGGUGAGAUGGCGUGAGCAUUCCACUCCCCUUGUUGAAUUCUGA